AUGGCGGAGGAGGCGAAGGUCUCCGAGGCGGCCUACAGCCUGCAGAAUGACGCCAAAGAUGAUUAUCAGUAUGAAGAGGUUUCAGCAGAUGAUGACUUCAGUCUUCCUGAAGAUGAUGAGGAUCUGUCCAAAGCUUUGCAGACUAUUGAAGAGCAGACUGAAGAUGCCAAACUUAUGGAAUUUCUGUCAGUUCUGAAUUCUGAGAAAUUGAUGUCAGACAUACCUCAAGCAAUGGAUGACUUCUUCUGCAAUUUCCUGGUCAGAAUGGGAAUGUCUAGAACCCUUGACUGCUUCCAGAAUGAAUGGUAUGAGCUGAUAGAGAGAGGUGAGUUAAGAGCUGAUGAGGCUGGGCUGGUUCCUGACGUUUACACUCGCAAUGAGCAACUCGAGACUGAGAAUCUGAGCCUGAAGAAAGAUCUGGAAAACUACAGACACAGUGUCAACAAAGUAGAAGAGGCUCUCCUAAAAAUGGAGAAAGAACGAGACUUCCAUCGAAUGCAUCACAAGCGAGUGCUCCAGGAGAAAAACAGGCUGGCUUGUGACUUGAAAAGGCUGAAGGCACAUUAUGCAUCCUAUGAACCAAUGCUGAAGCAGAUGUCAGAAAAAUACCAGAAUUCCCUGACACAGAAAAUGUUAACCAGUUUGGAGAGGGACAAAGCAAUGGGGAAGGUUACAGGUUUGCAGGCUGCGUUAGAAAGUUUGGAGUAUGGAUAUGCUAAGCAGAGCUCUGAGGCAAAAGUGGGCUGUGAGUGUACAGAGAAGAAAGAGUUUGAAGGUCCCACCCAGAAAGCUCUUCGGGAAGCCAGGCAGAAAAAAUUCCUGGUUGUUGCAAGCUCUCCCUGUGAUCCAGAUGAAGAGGCAGAGAAGAAGAUGAGCAAGAGAGAUCUGAAGGAUUCAGAGUUCCCUGUUGAUCCUGAAGGAACCCUAUCCUUUGAGCAUGCUAAAGAACACACUCAGCCCCUGAAAUCUGGGCAGUAUCAGCUGAGCAGCAUUCUGAAGGUGCACGACCUUGCAGUGAGCUGCUUGGCCUUACACCCCCGGAAAAACAUCGUUCUCACCGGUGGUGAUGACUGCCUCUGGAAGACGUGGGGCUUCCCCGAUGGGAACAUCCUCCUGACAGGGGAGGGACACACAGACUGGCUCUCAGGCUGCUGCUUCAGGCCCAGUGGCACCCAGCUGGUGACAUCGAGCGGUGACACCACGGUGCGGCUCUGGGACCUGUCGAGGAGCGGCUGCAUCCUGACCCUGCGGGGCCAUUCCCGUGCCGUGCUGGGCUGCUGCUGGCACUCCUGCGGGGACUUCGUGGCCUCUGCCUCCGCCGACGGCACCAGCAAAAUCUGGGAUGUCAACAGUGAGAGGUGCAGAUACACCCUGCGUGGCCACAAGGACUCAGUCAACAGCAUCGAGUUCCUGCCCUGCUCCAGCACCGCUGUCACCAGCUCUGCUGACAAGACCUUGUGUCUCUGGGAUGUCAGAAAGGGUCUCCGUGUUUACACAUUCCAGGGUCACAUGCAUUCCUGUAAUCAUGCUACAUUCAACAGGAAGGGGGACACCAUUGCUUCCUGUGACUCCUCGGGCCUGCUGAAGCUCUGGGACAUGCGGAGGCUGCUCCCUAUUCUCUCCAUCGAUGCAGGUCCCCACCCUGCCAACCAGGUGGCCUUUCAUCGCUCUGGUGACCUGGUGGCUCUGGCCAGCAGCGAGGGCUCCGUGAAGGUGCUGUCCCUGGCCGUGGGCCAGCUCUCCGUCCUGCGCGGCCCCGGGGUCGAGGUGCGCUGCGUGCGCUUCCACAGCCAGGAUUCCCUGCUGUCCGCGGGUGCCGAUGGCAGGGUUUGCCUCUGGAGCUGGGCACAGUGACACAGUGACACACGCGGCCCUCAUCGCCUUCCACGAGAGCGGUCUGACAGCAGCACUGCGGGCUUAUAGCUUCUUAGCUUGUCUUUGCACUAGUCGGGGAAUGUUCGCCCAAACGGAGCAUUAUUUGGCAUUUUAUCCAAAUAAAGCCCUCUAGUUCUCCCUCUUCCUGCUGUCACCGCGUUUUCCCCAACACCAAGAAUAUCUCUUUUGGUGGUUUCUGGAGAAACAGCUUUACAAUGACGCCUAAUGCCGGCGCAGCCGAAUUGCAAGGAGACUGAUUUUUAAUGUAGCGCAGCGCGAGCCACAGGAGCCGGGGCGCCCCUUCCCCGGCGCAGCCGCCUGUGGGAAGAUGAGGCGAAGUUUCCACAAUGCGGCCAUGGGGGAUGUUUUCCCGGACACCGCCGGGGCAGCAGAGAUGAGGCAGAGCUGGAGAGAACAGAGGGGCUGAGAGACCCCCCAAGCCACGGAUCCGAGGGCAGCCGGGCUGAGGGGAGCCCCAGCCGGUGGAUCUGAGGGGGCUGCGGGGCCGAGAGGAGCUGGGCUGAGGGGAACCGGACUGAAGGGAGCUCCAGCCGGUGCAUCUGAGGGGAACCGGACUGAGAGGAGCUCCAGCCGGUGCAUCUCAGGGAGCUCCAGAAUGUGGAUCUUGGGGGAACUGGGCUGAAGAGAGCCGGGCUGACAGGAGGUCCAGCCGGCGGAUCUGACCGGAGCCGGUGGAUCUGAAGGGGACCGGCAGGUCUGGGCAGAGCCGUCGCCCCAGCCGGCGGCAGGCGGAGCAGCGGCCGGGGCGGAGGCGCCCCGCCCCUGCCUUAUUUUUUUUUUUGUUUUACCCCCCCGGCUUUUCUCU